UUCCCGCUUCUCUGACUGGAGCCAGCCCCGCGGUCCUGGUGGGGUCCUGGCCACGCCAUGCCCUGCGCUAGGCUGGCCAGCUGCUGGGGCGGCCGGGUGCUGCCCCUGCUGCUGGCCUACGUCUGCUACCUUCUGCUGGGUGCCACUGUCUUCCAGCUGCUGGAGAAGCAGGCGGAAGCUCAGUCCAGGGACCAGUUCCAGGUUGAGAAGCUGCGCUUCCUGGAGAACUACACCUGCCUGGACCAGAGGGCCCUGGAGCAGUUUGUGCAGGUCAUCAUGGAAGCCUGGGUGAAAGGCGUGAACCCCAAAGGCAACUCCACCAACCCCAGCAACUGGGACUUCGGCAGCAGUUUCUUCUUCGCAGGCACAGUGAUCACCACCAUAGGAUAUGGGAACCUGUCCCCCAGCACAGAGGCUGGCCAGGUCUUCUGUGUCUUCUACGCCCUGGUGGGCAUCCCACUCAACGUGGUCUUCCUCAACCACCUGGGCACGGGGCUGCGUGCCCACCUGGCCACCCUGGAGAGGUGGGAGGACCAGCCCAGGCGCUCCCAGCUCCUGCAGGUCCUGGGCCUGGCUCUGUUCCUGAUCCUGGGGACACUGGUGGUUCUCAUCUUCCCGCCCAUGGCCUUCAGCCGAGUGGAGGGCUGGAGCUUCGGCGAGGGCUUCUACUUUGCCUUCAUCACCCUGAGCACCAUCGGCUUUGGGGACUACGUUGUCGGCACAGACCCUAGCAAGCGUUACAUCUCGGUGUACCGGAGCCUGACAGCCGUCUGGAUCCUCCUGGGCCUAGCAUGGCUGGCCCUGGUCCUCUCCCUGGGCCCCUUGCUUCUACACAGGUGCUCCCAGCUCUGGCUCAACGGCAGGGGCCUCAACCUCAAGGACCGGACAGCCCCUGACCCUCAAGGGCUCCCCAGACCUCAGAAGAUGCCCAUCUCUGCAUGAGGUCCCCUAGUGGCCCAGCAGUCCCUCCCAGCCUCCCAGCCCAUGCCAUCUGCCCUCUUGAGAUCCUUCUCUCCUCUUCCUCUCCCAACCCCACACCUGUCCCAGCCAGGGUGGGCCCAGAGCUCUCCAGGAAGACAAGGAAACAUAUGUCCAAAAAGUACCAGAGGUGACCUGGAAAACUCAAACACAUUCACUGUGGCCAGAUCUUCAAUGACCUCCCCACAUACCCCACCCCAGGGUCCUUAGACGGACAGGAGACAGAGGGUAACUUGACUUGGGCCUCACCGGAUGGGUGCACAAGGUCUAUUUGCCAAGCCCCCACUAUGUGCUAGGCUCUGAAGUACAACUGUGAACAUUCUUGCCCUCACCUGUGCCUUUAGUCUGUCUAGCAGGACAGACAACCGGACAGGCAGCCCAACACAGUGUCCAAAAUGUCCCGUGGGAGCAGACCCAGGGAGGAUGAGUCCAUGAGAAUGGCCGUCUUGGGUGGGGGAACACGCUGGAACCAUCUUAGUGCAAACAGGAAGCUCACAGCUGCCUCCCAAAGCUUGCCAGACCCUUUGAAGAGGUGUCCCACCAUUUUGCUGGUCAUGACCUCCCCUGACCUCCAGGGUACGCCCUUGACCUGAUGACCCCUCUGGUCCCCUGUCUUCUUAAAAGCCUUUCCAAGAACCCCCUGAGAAGCUAGAGGGCCAGCGGGUCCCAGGAGCCUUCCAGAAAAGGCGCUCCAUGGAGACCUGACCUCCCGUGGGACCAUGUGCUGGGGGCCUGGCCUUUCUCCGGCUGAAUUGCAACAUCGCUGCAGCCCAGAAGGAGACAGAUUUGGGCCAGUCCACCAAUGGCCAAUCUCACCAAAGACCAUAGACUCCAACCAGUACUUCUUCCAUCACCCCAACAGCAAGCAGACCCCUAAGCGGCGGGGUCUCAUGGGACCACAGAGGCCAAGCUGUGGAGGAGAGGAAGCUCCUGGCCAGAGACCCAGGGAAGGAUCGCAGCAGCAGAGGACCGCAGCUUACACCCUGGGACCAGUGACAUCCAAGAGAGGGUGGAAACUGAAGACCCCCACCCACGGACUCUUUACCCUCCCUGGGCCCUUCCUGCUUUCUGGGUGGAGGAGGGACUUGGGGGGAAAGAAGGCAGGACCUGGUUAAGGUCCUCUUGCCUCCAAGCUCACAGCCCAGUGGCAGUCAGUUGGAGUCCCUCUUCUUUUAAGUACACAGGAUGGGACAGAAGAUUCAGGGAGAAGCUGAGAAGCAGCCAGUGCUUGAAGAUGGUCCCAGGGUCCGUGGACUUAGGCAGGAGCCCUGAGA